AGUCCUGCGCCAGUAAUCACAAUGGGCCUUCAUAGUGUAGUGAGCGUGCUGGCGCUGGCGGCGGUCGCCUUCGCCUCGGUAAACGAUAACAUCCUGGGAGGGGGGGAGCGAGUGGUUCUCGUCGCUCCAGUUUUAGCUCCUCCUAGAGAAUCAAAGACUCACGUCACUGACCGCGCUCGGCAGUUUCCCAUUCUAGUGCUUCUUGCUCAGCAAAAUCCCCAGCCUCGGCCCAAAGCUUUGAAUAUAAAUCCUCAACCUGUUUAUGUUCAGAAACUGGAAGAUCAAGAAAAACCAGCUCACUUAAACAGACAAAAGCGCCAUUUGAAAUACAAAAGUCGCAGAUAUGACUAUGGCCAUGGCCAUGGCUACCAGAGCAACUAUGGCAAUAGUGGCGGAUCAGGAGGUGGCGGCGGAGGUGGCGGUGGAUACGGCGGAGGAGCUGGUUGGGGCAGCGGCGGCGGAGGCGGCGGCGGUGGUGGCGGCGGAGGCGGAGGCGGUUAUAAUGGAGGUGGUGGCGGCGGCGGCGGUGGUGGCUAUGGCGGUGGCAGCUCUGGCUAUAGUGGCAAUGGAGGAUACUACGGAUAGGCUCAGCAACAAUCACAGCGACUGCUGCAGCUCACGCUAGUUCGUACAAACAACACUAAUAGAUGAUAUCACGAACCUAUAGAAAUACAAUGUAAACACGAAAAUAAACAAUUUUACAAACCGAAAA